GGCCACAACCUUCUUUAACAGGAAGUGCAUCAUAGGGCAUCAGGAAACUGAAACCGACAGGUCCUGUCAGAUGCUUUCAAUUCGCUGCUCUGUAGGGGGCAACGGACAACACAGCCAGGAUCAAUAAACACAAAUUUCAGGAAUCAGUGUUGUCCGUGACAUCAUCGAUACAGCGAUGUCGGCCGUCGAGGCGACGGUGGCCUCCAGGCUGAUGAAGCGGCUGGCAGACAAGAAGGAGUCAGUGGAGGCCUUCAUGGAGACCCUGGAGAAAGGAGCGGAGCUUCUGGUGGAGACGGUGGGCGAGAUGCUGCCCGUCUUCUCCGUCGUGGGCCCCGUGGUGCAGCUGGCCCUGGACAACGUGGAGAGCAAGGAGGCCGAGUUCAUGACGGAGCAGUUCCAGAAGGUUCGAGAGCGUCUGGGGGUCGUCUCCGAGGAGAUCCGCCGCGUCGACCAGGAGAUCAGGAAGAGCGGGGCGGACGUCGCCUACUUUUCCGCGGAGGAGAACCUGAGCAAUCAGUUCCGCAAGUUCAUGGACAUCCUCAACGCCAAGUCCAAGUUCCGGGAGGUCAAGAAGAAGCUGUUUCUGGAGCACUUCUCCAAGACCGGGGGCGACAAGAACCUGCACACCCUGUACAAUGCUGUGACAGGGGACAAGUUCUCCGGGGAGUCGGUGCUGGAGAUCACCCUCAACUAUCACGAAAAGAGCCGGCGGGUCACAGAGGACUUCUGCGCCCGUCUGAAGAACCUCUUCUGCAUUGGGCUCAUCGCCCUGGUGGGCCAGGCGGCUCUGAAGGGGGCCGGCGAGGAAGAGGAUGUCCUGAAGGACUGGGGGGAGAGGAUGAGGGUCGUGGAGGAGAAGAUGAAGGCCGCGGUCGAGGCCUGCAAGGCCAGCUUCGCCGAACAGGCCGAGCUGGACGUCGGGAAGAGGCUGAAGGAGUGGAGCGACAGACCUCCGGUUGAGCUCGCCGGCGACAUCGCCGAGUUCCUCAACCAGAAGUACGACUGGGUGUCCUGGUCGGUCCGGGCUUACGCCCGCUCAAGGGGCUGCUUCAGCGACUUAGUCUACGGGAGCAAGGACCAAGCCAUCUGCGGGGGGAGCCACUUCACCUACGAGGGUGGGACCGUGGUGGUGGUGUCCUACAGCCAGGGGAGGAUUCGGGACCUGGAGAAGAUGGCACGCAGAAUUCGCGUCUGCCAGCCGCAGGGUCUCGUGCACGUGGUCAGCAGUCGUUGGGCGGUGGCUGUGGACAGCAGCAGCUUCCCCGAUGACUGUCAGUACUACCAAAGGUACAGGAACGCCCACAUCUACAUACACGCAGAGUGA